AUGAGUUGUUGGUACGGCUUCAGGAUGGACCUAGGACAGGUUCGUUUGGAAGUGAGGGUAUGUGUGGAAAAAAAAAAUGUCCUCAUCUCUCUGUACUGUUCCAGGUCACUUUUCUAUCUCUCUCAGCUGGCGGUGCCUCAUCUCAUCAAGACCAAAGGAAACAUCGUCAACGUAUCCAGCGUCACCGGGCAGAGAUCGUUCCCAGGUGUCCUGGCGUACUGCAUGUCGAAGUCAGCGGUGGAUCACAUGACCAGAUGUGUCGCUCUCGAGUUGGCCAGUAAGCAGGUCCGCGUCAAUGCCGUCUGUCCGGGGGUGAUAGUAACUGAAGUUCACAAGCGGGCCGGUAUGAAUGAAGAGCAGUACCAGGAGUUCCUGAAGCACACAGAAGAGACGCACGCCCUGGGGCGGGGUGGCAGAGUGGAGGAAGUGGCCCGGACGAUUGCUUUCCUGGCAUCAGAUGCUGCAUCCUUUAUCACUGGAGUGACCAUGCCUGUGGAUGGUGGCCGCCAUGCUAUGUGCCCGCGAUAAUUCUGUAGA